AGCGUCUAGAGGGGGCUCUGCCCUGGACACUAGGGGCUCCCGGGGGCUCAGGGCUGUGCCGCCGGCCAGGACUAGACCUAGCCGGGCCGGCCUCUUUUUGGCCGGCUGAGUUGAGAGACGUAGGAUUCCUUUUCUUUCUUCUUUCUCUUUUCUCUUUUUCCUCUCUCUCUCUCACUCGCUCGCUCGCUCUCUCUCUGUUUCUCCCCCUUUUAUUUCUCUCUCUCUUUCACGAGAAUCUGGAAUUGUUUACGUUCUGUUCCCCACUUUCACCAUUCCUCCUGCUCCACUCCUCUUUUCCAUGUAUUUUUUUAUUAGAUGCAAAAACCAUGUUCCUGAAUUUUACAUUAUGCAUUUUCACGUACAUCUUUUUGCAUAUCUUUUGGGGAGUAGAUCUGAGUGUAUUUUAUGCAGUGUAUAUAAAUUGUGUAUGGACUCUACUCUUAGGCUUUUUGUGGAACUAUUACAUUUUAAAAAUACAUUUUACUUUGCAAGUUAACCUUUUGCUUAGAAUCUGACUUUUGAAAAUGUUGUACAAUUCCUUAGACUGUGGCAAAUUCUUUGAUUGCAAGUGCUUUCAGAAAUCACCCACUCUUAACUUUUACCCCUUGUUGCUUUGAAGUAGGGUAAAUAUGACAAUUUUUAUUGGUCUCAAUUAUGGAAACUUGAUCUAAGGACUAUACGCAAGAAGGAAGCUGACGGCCUUUUUCUGGCCUCCGGUUCUUGUGACUUUUAAAAGGGGUUUGUUAAGUACCUUUAAAGAAUAUGACAUACGGUGAUCGCUUGGCUGUAAUGCAAAUUACAGGACAUAAAUUCACUUUGGAAUUUAAAAAAGAGACUUGAGUCCUUUCAGUGGGGACACUUGAGGAUUUAUUAUGUUUUUUAAAAAAUUACCUUUUCCCUCCUACUUUGGAAGAAUGGCCAGUUACAGACCAACUUAUUUGGAGGUCUUUGGAGAGAGGCUUGGGAACUGGGAGAGAGAAGAUUGAUCACGAUCUGCAUAAUCGAUAGGGCAGUGUGCUGUAAUCGUGUACCUACAUUUACUGUAAAUUUCUACAAUAUGUGCAGUGUGGGUACUCCAGUGCCUUGCUCGGCUUCUUAGAGCAGAUUUAGAGGGAGUACAAGCAGAUAUUAUUGCCCAGCCCUUCAGAACAAUAUAGGGGAAAUCCUCUCUGAAAGUGGUCCGUUAAGGAAGACCCAUUUCGCUGUGCCUUUUUUUUUUGCAAAUCUGUUUACAUGUGGGGGUUUCAGGUAUUGAACCCUCAAAGUGUAGGUAUCCUAUAGGUCGAAAGAAGUAGAAAGUAUUGGGGGGUUAGGAAUGGGAAUUUGCCUACCGGGGCUCUCUUCAAAUCUUCUAAUGUUGGUUUAGAGAUACAAAUAAGAAAGAGUAAUACACCAGAUGAAGCAGUGUCAAAAGUAAGGAUUGUUCUGUGUGUGUGUGUGUGUGUGUGUGUGAGAGAGAGAGAGAAUGAGAGAGAAUACAGACACGCUUAUAGUCAGGCUUGAAAGCUUGGUGGUAGGUGAAUCCAUAUUUGGAGAUGAUUUUGAAAUAGUCUAGCAAAUGGUGCACGAACAGGAUUUCGUAAAAAGUGUACACAAAGUCAGUUUUGAAAGGACUGUGGUUUGGGGAGAUGAGGUGUGGGCAGGAAAACCCACUCUCGGGCCAGCAGCCUUCCUCUGUCUGUGUUUCUCCUCCCUUCCCCCUCCUGAGUUUUAGUUUUUAAUUACUUAAUGCUGAAACGCACAGGGCUUAUAUAAAUAUUUGCAAAUGCUCUUUCCUAUUGAUUUCUCUGAAUAAACUGCCCUGCUCAGGUCCAGAGAGGAGGCAACGUAGGUCUGUGGACUUUUUAAACAUAGAAAGUCUCUGGAGGAGGGUUGUCGGUGCAUGCGUGUGUUUAUGGGUAGAGACGUAGAUUUGAAGAUGUUGGGGCCCCCCUACCAUGAGAGUUCAGGCUCUGGGUAGUGUGUGCUGCGAAAGCGGGGCUGAACCGGCCCUGUGGCCUGGCAUUCCUGACGCGCGCGCGUGUGUGUGUGUGUGUGUGUGUGUGUGUCUACGUGUGUGUCUACACUGGGGGAGUCUGAAUACAUGUGCACUUACACCCCCCACCCCUUAAAUAUGGAGUUUUCCAGGGCUUGGCGAUUGCCUUCUCUUCAGGGUCACAUUGAGUUCGAAUGUGACCCAAGGUGCAGGAAUCCUGCGAUGGGGAAAUAAAAGAAUAUACAGAAUUGGGGUCAGGUCAGCUGCUCAGAGGCCAAAACCCCUACAACUGCUUUGAUUUUGUGUGUGUAUGUGUAUGUAUGUGUAUUUUAGGCUCCUCCUGCCAGGUUACAAAUUGUGUCCCCCCCGCCCCAGGUGUUUGCUCUGUAGUUUAAAGACACCAGAGCCUCUGCCUGCAGAGAUGUCUGCUCCCAGCAAGAACAGAAAACCCACAAUACCGAAUCCAAAACAAAACAAGGGAGGAGAGGGAGGAAAAAACCCCUAUUGAGUUCAGGCAAAUAAGGUUGGGUCUCCAGAUCCGAUUACAAAGCAGCUUUGAAUAUGCAAGACAGCACACAAGACCAGUUAGUCCAGUUACAACAAACUAUUGAGAGAGAGAGAGGGAGAGAGAGAGAGAAAGGGAGAGAGAGAGGGAGGGAGGGGGAGGAAGGAAAAGGCAUGUUUAGGUCGUAAUUUGUUAGUACAAGGAAAAGAAUCCCACACAAAGCUGCCUCUUUUUCCCCCCUCCCUUUGCUGGCUUCACAUGCGAUUCACUUACCCUUUUCCAAUUCGUUGACUAUAUAGGUUCUUUUAUUAAAAUCUUUUGGGUUUAGGGAGAUCGCUGCGAGCAACACAUUUUCUGUAUUUUUCCCCCUUUAUCUGAGAAGAGAGUUGGCAGGGGUUCUGUGGUUUGCAGUUACACAAUAUGUUAUCAUGUUUUUAAUCACUAAAUCAUUGCAGUGGUUAUAGAUUUACAGUCUUGGGGUAUUACAGAGAAGAGCAAUGGCGGCUAUAUAUAUGCUUUUAAAUUACACCAAUGUAAACUGAGUGCAGCAGCUGUGAAGAUGGUCGGCAGACUUCAACGCCCCCCACCCCCCAGCAUCUUAGUUCUUUUUCCUUCUGUGAUUCUUUUUUUGUUUUCCAAAUUGUUCGGCUUGCUUAAAAUAAGCUAUUCCUCCUCUCCUGGAUCCUUGUCUCUUCAGUCCUUCCACCAAAGAAAAUGUUCAUUUCAGACCCUUAACCCCAGAUAAGCUAGAAUUCAAACUCUGGAAAUACAACUCUGGAUCAGAGAGCGUAAUAAUAAAGUGGAUUUCCUAGGAAAUGCUCUUGGUUUCCAUGCUGACCUCCCGUACAGGGGUGGAGGGCUCACUGCAGAUCCGGAGCAGAGGGAGGCGGGAGGGAGGGAAGGCGCUUGCCUGCCUGGAACCUCUACUGUCCUGUCACUGCGAGCCCACUUUCAGCUUCUGUUUUUCAUAUUAUUAUGUAACAGAAUCCUUGGCAGCAUUAAAAAUUCAGUAUUACAAGCUGAUUGUAAUGCUGCCUCAUUAGACAGCACUGUCUGGCCUUGUAUUAAGUGAAACCCAGAGCAUGGCUUUUAGAUUAUAAACACCAAUAAAUAUUAAGGACCAGGGGGGGGGGGGGUGCAGAAAGUCAGCUGUGUUUUUGGUCCCUUCUGGUUUUGUAUCCCCUCCCAUCUUCCCUCCAUCCCCCGUCCUCCCCCCUCCCUGCCAUGGUAACUGUUAUCUGUUUUCUUGGGAUGCUGAUGUGUUGACCCUGGUGACAUUUUAGGAGGGCUUUUUAUAGAGUUAUCGUGUGUACACAAAAGGUUUGGAAGUUUGUUUUGUUUUGAUCUGCAAUAAACAGGUCCUUCACUUUGCUGAUGUCAUUUCCGUUCAUAUUUGAGUUGUUUAUUGUGCUUCUUCACAGGGCCCUCUCAUCCCUACACCCACCUCGCUUUCCAGCCAGAGCCCGUGGCUGCCUGGCGAAGGGGGGACACACUCCUCAGCUGCCAGAUCUGGGUUCAAAGGCCGAGAGUUGCGUGUCACGGCCUCCUCUUUGGGUUUGCCCGCUGGGGAAGAUGUUUCUAUCUUCCAGUCUGGUUGAACACUGCGACCACUUGCCCUGGUAUGUCCAUGGCACACAGUGAUUCAUCUCUGCUUCCUUUCUCUGAAGCCCCCCCAACACACCCCUUGUCUGUGUCUUUAAUACAUCAUUAUUUCCACUUCCCCAUGCACUCCCCCCACCCAAAAAAACCAGCCUUGUAAUGAUGACUUUGAUUCAGUUGCAUAUCUGAAGCUGGCAUUAGCAACUUCACGCUGUGAAAAAAAAAGAAAACGUUUCCAGCCAGGCAAUGCCCACAGCCUCCCCACCAUCACCUUCCAUCCCUGUUCAGGAUUUUUUUUCCCUGCUCUCUGCCUUUUUGUAGACAUAAAGGCCGUUCUGGUGUUACUAAAAAUGACCACAAUGUCCAGUGUCUCUUAUUUCCAUGUGAUCUACAUUGGGAAUCCCCCCUCCUCCAAAACUAAAAAGUAGGGUGGGGAAAGGAAGGAGGAAAAAACUGACUGUAGGCUCUCAAGGCUUUCCUCUAAUGGGAUGAUGGGUUUUAGGUUAAAAAAAAAUAUUAUUGUUUUGUUCUUUCAGGUUUAGAAAUAAUAGAGAGAAAGGGAAAAGCAGUCAUUAGGAAGUUCACUGAGCUGCUUUCCAACUAAGACGGGUGAAAAAUGAACCUGCAUUGACACUUGGCUCCAUGUGAAAGCCCCAGUAACCUCUCCCCCCUUCCGUGGCCCUGGCCUUUUGUUCCUGGAGAAUGGAGCUAAGGUGCUUUUUCUCCCAGACCAAAGGCAGCAGGCAAGGAGUCCCCUUGUGUGCGCAUCGCCUUUAGAUGGCCUUCUCAUGGUUAUUGUCAAUGCAGACUCCCCCAAACAAUUGCUCCAGGGAGACACAAAAGCAAAAACAUUUGUCCUAUUUUUUUAACCUCUUUGUUUUAGGUUUUUUUUCAUCCAUUCUUUAAAUUUCACAGUUUCUAUUCGUCUGCAGAGAGACAAACGGAACAGCAUGAAGCACAUUUUACCGUAGGCCUCACUGGCGAUUGGAACAGCCUCAAUAGAAAUCCAAAUUCUAAAACACUGGCUGACUUGGAGGAUAUGUGAAAUUUCAGCUCGGGGCUCUUAAGUCAGAUUAGCACAGAUUUUUGAACAAAAAUGCAACUAAAAUGAGAAGAUAAGAAAAUGGGAUUCCAGAGUUAUCUGGGGGAAGUGUGAAAGGGGCCGUCUUUUGUUUAUUUCUUAGAAUCCUGCCCCAAGAAGUGGUCACUGGAUGGGAAAGAAUUGCAAACCCAAAUGAAAUUCUUCAUUCACCAAAAAAAAAAAAAAAAAAAAAAUCGGGUCCCAGUUUGUGCUGCUGGUAGAUGAUUUAAUUGAUCGUUUUAAUGCACGUGUAGGGGAACUGUUGGCACAUACUGUGGAAUUGAUGCUGCGUUGAGAUUAAAAAAAAACACACACAAGAUUUAUAUAAAGAGGCCAUGUCCCCUCCCCCUUUUCUUUCCUCUCCUGUUUCCUUUUUCCUUUCUUCUGCCUCCAGCCUGUUUCCCCUCCAAGAAUUCAGUGGUGUCAGGCCAGUGCAAAGGGAUGUGUCCGGAAUCUACCCCUUCUUCCUGGCCCCAAACAAAGCGUCCUUCUCCUGUGCUGUGUGGACCUUGAUUGCGAUGCUGUCCUUAAGCAUCUGUCUGCCUUUUCAUUAAAAUUCUCAAUUUCAAGGUUUAGAAACACAAAUGUAAGAAUCCCCCUGGGUAUAAAAGUCUUGCAUGGCAAAUUCUCUUUGCCCUUUCAGGAAUAAUAUUUUUGUUUAAAAAAAAAAGAAGAAGAAAGAAGAGAGAGCAAGCUUUUUACCUAAUGUCUUAAAGCUGGUGUAAGGCAAGUUCUUUAUUUUUGCCUUCUUAAAACUUGGGCUUUGUAACUUAAAAUUAAUUUGGAAAAGCUCUUUCCACUCACUGGUUUUAAAAAAAUGGUUACUCACUUGUGUCUGUCUUAAUGUGUGCCCUGGCAGAUUCAGGGUCUGAGCUGGGGAGGGUGGGUGAGUGUGCUAGGUAACAUUGUACCACUGACGAUUUGGGGGUGAAUCACUAUGUGGAAUUAGCAUCGUAGUGAUAGAUGGAGGCCUUGAGGUUUGUAUCAGAGAAGUGCGGAUCAAAACAUCUGUGUGUAGGCCUUGGCCCAUCAGCCUGCAGUGGUGAUGAAGGUGAGUGUGGGUUGUUCUGAGGAGAGCCUGCCGUCUGUCCGGUCCCCAGGAGGCCAGGCUGCCCCUAAAUAUAACUGACUAGAAAUGAUGGGGUGAAUUCAGGGCAUGGAGUACAGUUCAGCUCCAAAUGUUUCCAUGUUUAUUUCUGGGAUUUUUAUUUUAUUUUAUUUUAUUUUAUUUUAUUUAGUUUUUUUGCUCUCUCUGGCAUUUUUCUUUGUCAAAGCCUCAAGGCUAUUUAAGCACUAGUUUUAAAAUCAAUGCGUAUGUAUAAUUUAAUAAAAAUAGGAGGAUCUGGAAGAAUACACAAAUCCGCCUAAACCCAGUUGUGCUGUGAAAAUAGAACCCAGGUUUAGCGAGAAAUCAGAAUGCUGACAUUCACUGUAUCUUAGCUCAGAGAUCAUAUUUACCUUUGCUGAAGUGAAAGGAUACAGCAUUGGUGAGUGAGUCUGUCUGUGGGGAGGGAGAGGAGCUGGUUGGCUCGGUGGGGAUCAUUGUAAUUUACCAGCCCGCUAAGCAUUAGGGGGGCUGGCCUCUGUCUUGGAGAGUGGGUAAGGGGAGGAGUAGGGAAGGGGGUUAGCAUUCCCUGAUUUAUUUUUAAAUAUUUAUCCUUUCGGCUGUUGCCAAUUACGCUUUCCAGAUGAGAUGAGACUAGUUAUGGAGAACUGGAAGGGAGGAAUUGCCUUUUCUGAGAGUGGGUUUAUUUGUCAACAGCGUUCAAGGCAGGGCAGUGAGAGUGCCGGGCUGCCCCAGGCGGUGGGCUGAUCUUCAGGCAGCUGCCCUCAGAGGAGCCAGGGCCUCCCAGUGUCGGAGGACAGGAUUUGCAACAUGUAUUUCAGAGAAACUGUUGAUUCCAUUUGUAAGUGCAAAAGUUGUAAAUAUCCUCUGAAGAGGUAUUAUUUUUGUUAAUGAUGAAAAUAACUUUUAGUGGAGGAAACACCCCUAGCUUUUGUGCAAUCCUUUAUAUUCAUAAUGGUGCGGAGGCCACAGACUGCCUGCCUGUGGAUCCCCUGUUGAAUUUUUGCCUGUGACAAAGGCAAGCUUGACCAGGCCUCGCCAUGUAGGUAGCUGGUGCCAGACUAAGAGAAAGGAGAGGGACCUUGGGUCGCUCUUAGUUCUACUUGCCAGGCCUCUGAGGUGCAGGAGGCAGGUUGCAGCGUCUGCUUCUUGGGACACUGGCAGUAUCAGGGCAGACUCCCUUGGGGCCUUCGUCCCAGCACUUCCUCAUCCUUCCUAGUUUAUACCUGGUGUUUUUGGCUUUCUGGCUUUUAUUUCACUGAAGAUAUUUACCUGUAGGCCCACAAGUCGAUGUCACCAGAAUUCGAGGUUGUCCCCUCUUAAUAAAAGUUAGAACAAAGCAGCAAAAUUAGAUUUCCGGGGAGUAAAACAUUUUCUGAUGGUCUGUAGUUAAUCUUAUGGGCCAGGGGUUGCUGCUUCCAGGUGAGCAACAGGGCCCGGAGCCUUCACCCUCCUGAGGUUUCCGGGAACAUCUCCUCUGUGUGGUGUGUGCCACAUUGCUUGUGUUAUUGCUAGCAUCAUCAUCUUUAUGUAUUAUUCAUAGUCACUUUUUCAAUUAAAUUAUUAAUUGGUUUUCUUUAAGGUGUUCUCAACUCAUGUGGCUAAUAUAAAUAAUAGUGUGUUUUGAAAACACCACCUGUUCUUGGGCUUGAAGUCAGGUGGUCUGGAAACAGCUCUGCAGUGAUCAUACUCUGCUUUAUGAAAUCAUCCUCCACUUUCCUUUUUCGCUCCCCCCCAAUCCCCCUCACUCUCUCAUGUGUGACAGAAUUUGGCUUGUGCUUUCCUUUGUCCCUAAUCGGACAUGAUUCCCUAGGGCAGUCUUUUCUCCCAGGGCCCUAGCUGAAAAAAAAAAAUUGGGGGGGGAGGGGUUUUCUGGACUAAAACAGAAAGAGGGGUUGUCUGUCUCCAACAAGUUAGGUAUUUACAUCAAUUUGAACCCAAAUUACAUUGUGUAAAAUGCCUUCUACAUGGUGACGUGAUAGUUUUCAUCAGCCAAGCAUCCCUUUUCCUCCUGCAUCAAUGUGUGCUUAAUGCUAAUACGAUUCCAUACACACAGCUCUUCGCCUUGUGAGCUUAUUAUAUUUCUAACACUUGCAUGGUUCAUUAUUGUGCAGUCGGAAAGGACUCUCAAGGCUGUGAGGCCAGCCUGGGUGGGUGGCUUUCAGAAAGGGUAAAAGCAGGUGCCUCUCUGUGCUGAGAGAGUCUGGAGUAAAUUCAGACUGAGCUCGGGAUUCUGGCAGGGAGGACAAGGGACUUCCGGUGAGAUUUCUGUGGCGCUCCCUUUGCGUAUCAGAAUGGAAAAGGUGAACCUGGGGAGAUAUAAAAGUGUCCGGCACUUGCUUUGACCAACUGGGGUGGCCUCCUGAAAUCUGACCUGGGGGGUGGAAUCUCCCUAUGAAGGGCAUGAUCUAUGCCUGAGCUGAACCUCCCUGGCUUUAUAAAGCAAGUCUUGUUAAAGAGACUUAAUUGCAAAUUGAGACUGCUUUUCACUUCUUUUCUUCCUUUUUCUCUCCUUUCUUCUCUCUCAUUAAAAACUCUAUCCUUAAACUCUCAAUGGAGAGCAGGGGAUGUUUUUGAAAGUUUCUGCAGCUGAAAAACAGAAGUGCUCUGUAAAGCAGCUAAUAGGAUGGGUGUGUGUUUCAAAUAAAUUCCUGUCCACAUUGGCUAAUGUGCCCAUGCUAGGAUGGCCUGGCCGUGACGUGGUUGGGGCCCGGAGACCGAUGGCUCCGGUUCGAAGACCCCAGGCUCCGUUUCGUGGCGGAGGGCGCGUCCCUUUCUUCUUCCCCGCCUCUAGGCCGGUUCCUGACUUUUGAUGAGUGAGGGGUCAGCCCCUGGGGAGGGCCAGGCUUUGUUCCUACCGGGCGGGUUCCGGGGGAGGUGCAGGCUGAGCCUCUCAGGGCUCCCGUCCCCAGGCGCGCGGCCCGGCCUGCCCGGAGGCCCGUGCCCGGAGCGCGGCCGAGGGCUGGGGCCUCUCGCGCCGGCGUGUGUCCCCGUGUCCCCGCGGGCGCGGCCACUGCCGCCGCUGAGCGCCCGGCCUGUGCCGGGCACGACUGUAGAUGUCAGGCUUUGCCCGGGGAGCCGAGCGGUGGCGGGGCUGUGAGUUUCAAAUUAACCUUCCGCUUUGUUGCUGUGUAAUGUGGAUCCCUGAAGGCCCCCCGCCCCACCCGCCCCCCUUCCCAGGGCGGUGAGCGCUGCAAACUGCGAGUGGAGCUUCAUUUACAUAAAGCGAUUCCGGGAGAGCAGCCGAGCCGGCGGCGGGCAGGCCAGGGACAGGGACGCCAGCGUUGCGCCCCUUGGGUGAAUCUCCGCUGUGCGCCUGGGGACCCUCCCUCACGGGGAGGGGCCACUGCCAGGCCGGGCUGCCACCAUGAGUCCCCCUCCCCUGCCGGCGGCCCCCCUGCACCUAAGCAGAGCUACUUCGGAGCCCCGGGGGCAGCGGGAGGUGGGGAGAAUGCCGCCUGGGGUGGGUAAGUUUGGGGCUCGGGUGCCGCUGGAAUUUCCCAUUGUCGCGCAUGCCCCGGCCCCUGGACCUGCAAGUGCCUCCUCCCUCCGGAGGUGUGCGGAGCCUUUGUGUGCCAGGUCCGAUCCGUACUGGGUGCAAUGAAAGCUCCACGCAGGCCUUACCAUGGAAGGCUGUGACUCGCCUGUCGUCUCGGGGAAGGACAAUGGGUGCGGUAUCCCUCAGCACCAGCAAUGGACUGAACUCAACAGCACCCACCUCCCCGACAAACCCAGUAGCAUGGAGCAGUCCACAAGCGAGAACCAUGGGCCCCUGGACAGCCUGAGGGCCCCCUUCAAUGAGCGCCUCGCGGAGAGCACCGCCCCGGCCGGCCCCACCGCCGAGCCCGCCGGCAAGGAGGUCAGCUGCAACGAAUGCUCGGCCUCCUUCGCCAGCUUACAGACCUAUAUGGAGCACCACUGCCCCAGCGCGCGCCCCCCACUGCCCCUGAGGGAGGAGAGCGGGAGCGACACCAGUGAGGAGGGGGACGAGGAGAGUGAUGUGGAGAACCUGGCUGGGGAGAUAGUCUACCAGCCGGACGGCUCGGCGUACAUUGUCGAGAGCCUGAGCCAGCUGACCCAAAGCGGGGGCGCCUGUGGCAGUGGCAGUGGGCCUCUCCCUUCGCUCUUUCUGAACUCCCUCCCCGGUGCGGGGGGCAAACAAGGGGACCCUUCUUGUGCUGCACCAGUCUACCCACAGAUCAUCAACACUUUCCACAUAGCCUCAUCCUUCGGGAAAUGGUUUGAGGGCCCAGACCAGGCUUUCCCGAAUACCUCAGCCCUGACGGGGCUCAGCCCUGUCCUGCACAGCUUCCGCGUUUUUGACGUGAGACACAAAAGCAACAAGGAUUACCUGAACAGCGACGGCUCGGCCAAAAGCUCCUGCGUAUCCAAAGAUGUUCCCAACAAUGUGGACCUGUCCAAAUUCGAUGGCUUUGUGCUCUACGGCAAGAGGAAGCCCAUCCUGAUGUGUUUCUUGUGCAAACUCUCCUUCGGGUACGUCCGUUCCUUCGUGACCCACGCGGUGCACGACCAUCGAAUGACCCUGAGUGAAGACGAGCGGAAGAUUCUUAGCAAUAAGAACAUCUCCGCUAUCAUCCAAGGGAUUGGCAAAGACAAGGAACCCCUUGUAAGUUUUCUGGAACCAAAAAACAAAAACUUUCAGCACCCUUUAGUUUCCACAGCUAACCUCAUAGGUCCCGGACACAGUUUUUAUGGUAAAUUUAGUGGCAUUCGAAUGGAAGGGGAGGAGGCUCUCCCAGCUGGCUCUGCAGCUGGCCCCGAGCAGCCCCAGGCUGGUCUCUUGACCCCCAGCACCCUCUUGAACCUUGGCGGGCUCACGAGCUCGGUCCUGAAGACCCCCAUUACCUCAGUCCCCCUGGGGCCUCUGGCCUCCAGUCCUACCAAAUCCUCAGAGGGCAAGGACUCUGGGGCAGCAGAAGGAGAGAAGCAAGAAGUGGGUGAUCCAGAUUGCUUCUCCGAGAAAGCAGAGCCAGCCGAGGAGGAGGUGGAGGAGGAGGAAGAAGAGGAGGAAGAGGCGGAGGAGGAGGAAGAAGAGGAAGAGGAGGAAGAAGAGGAGGAGGAAGACGAGGGUUGCAAAGGACUCUUUCCAAGCGAGUUGGACGACGAACUGGAGGACAGGCCCCACGAGGAGUCUGGGGCCGCGGCAGGUAGUAGCAGCAAAAAGGACCUUGCUCUCUCAAACCAAAGCAUUUCUAACUCCCCCUUAAUGCCUAAUGUGCUCCAGACACUGUCGAGGGGCGCAGCUUCUACUAGUUCUAAUUCUGCUUCUUCCUUUGUUGUCUUUGAUGGUGCGAACAGGAGGAAUCGUUUAAGCUUUAACAGUGAGGGCGUCAGGGCCAAUGUGGCAGAGGGCGGCAGGAGGCUGGACUUUGCUGACGAAAGUGCCAAUAAAGACAAUGCCACAGCACCAGAACCAAAUGAAAGCACAGAGGGUGACGAUGGGGGCUUUGUCCCCCAUCACCAGCACGCUGGCUCCCUCUGCGAGCUUGGGGUUGGGGAGUGCCCCUCGGGGAGCGGCGUGGAGUGCCCAAAAUGUGACACGGUCCUGGGCUCCUCCCGCUCGCUGGGCGGCCAUAUGACCAUGAUGCAUUCUCGUAACUCGUGUAAGACACUCAAGUGCCCCAAGUGCAAUUGGCACUAUAAGUACCAGCAGACACUGGAGGCACACAUGAAGGAGAAGCACCCGGAGCCGGGGGGCUCCUGUGUCUAUUGCAAAAGCGGGCAGCCCCACCCUCGGUUGGCACGAGGGGAGAGCUACACGUGUGGUUACAAGCCUUUCCGCUGUGAGGUGUGUAACUACUCCACGACUACCAAAGGCAACCUCAGUAUUCAUAUGCAGUCUGACAAGCAUCUCAACAACAUGCAGAAUCUGCAGAACGGAGCGGGGGAGCAGGUCUUCAGCCACACGGCCGGGGCGGCGGCCGCAGCAGCUGCGGCAGCGGCCGCGGCAGCCAAUAUCAGCAGCUCCUGCGGGGCCCCCUCGCCCACAAAGCCAAAAACCAAACCCACCUGGAGGUGUGAGGUGUGUGAUUAUGAGACCAACGUGGCGAGGAACCUCCGCAUCCACAUGACCAGCGAGAAGCACAUGCAUAACAUGAUGCUCUUGCAGCAGAACAUGACCCAGAUUCAACACAACCGCCACCUGGGCCUCGGCAGCCUGCCCUCGCCCGCCGAGGCCGAGCUUUAUCAGUACUACCUGGCCCAGAACAUGAACCUGCCCAACCUGAAGAUGGACAACGCCGCCUCGGACGCCCAGUUCAUGAUGAGUGGAUUCCAGCUGGAUCCCUCCGGGCCCGUGGCCGCCAUGACGCCUGCUCUAGUGGGCGGUGAGAUCCCCCUAGACAUGCGCCUCGGGGGCGGGCAGCUGGUGUCGGAGGAGCUGAUGAACCUGGGCGAGAGCUUCAUCCAGACCAACGACCCGUCGCUGAAGCUCUUCCAGUGUGCCGUCUGCAACAAGUUCACCACAGACAACCUGGACAUGCUGGGGCUGCACAUGAAUGUGGAGCGCAGCCUCCCGGAGGAUGAGUGGAAGGCCGUGAUGGGGGACUCGUACCAGUGCAAGCUCUGCCGCUACAACACCCAGCUCAAGGCCAACUUCCAGCUGCACUGCAAGACGGACAAGCACGUGCAGAAGUACCAGCUGGUGGCCCACAUCAAGGAGGGCGGCAAAGCCAAUGAGUGGCGGCUCAAGUGUGUGGCCAUCGGCAACCCCGUGCACCUCAAGUGCAACGCCUGUGACUACUACACGAACAGCUUGGAGAAGCUGCGGCUGCACACGGUCAACUCCAGGCACGAAGCCAGCCUGAAGUUGUACAAGCACCUGCAGCAGCACGAGAGUGGCGUGGAAGGUGAGAGCUGCUACUACCACUGCGUCCUGUGCAACUACUCCACCAAGGCCAAGCUGAACCUCAUCCAGCACGUGCGCUCCAUGAAGCACCAGCGCAGCGAGAGCCUGCGCAAGCUGCAGCGGCUGCAGAAGGGCCUUCCAGAGGAGGAUGAGGACCUGGGGCAGAUCUUCACAAUCCGCAGGUGCCCCUCCACGGACCCAGAGGAAGCCAUUGAAGAUGUUGAAGGGCCCAGUGAAGCAGCUGCUGACCCAGAGGAGCUCGCUAAAGACCAAGAGGGUGGAGGCGAGAAGGACCAGGGCAAGUGGACAGCAUCGUCCAGCCAAGCAGAAAAGGAGCUGACAGAUUCUCCUGCAACCUCCAAGCGCAUCUCCUUCCCAGGUAGCUCAGAGUCUCCUCUCUCUUCGAAGCGACCAAAAACAUCAGAGGAGACUAAAGCAGAGCAGAUGUACCAGUGUCCCUACUGCAAGUACAGCAAUGCCGACGUCAACCGGCUCCGGGUGCAUGCCAUGACGCAGCACUCAGUGCAGCCCAUGCUUCGCUGCCCCCUGUGCCAGGACAUGCUCAACAACAAGAUCCACCUCCAGCUGCACCUCACCCACCUCCACAGCGUGGCACCUGACUGCGUGGAGAAGCUCAUUAUGACGGUGACCACCCCUGAGAUGGUGAUGCCCAGCAGCAUGUUUCUCCCAGCAGCUGUUCCAGACCGAGACGGAGGCUCCAAUGUGGAGGAGGCAGGGAAGCAGCCUGAAACCUCAGAGGAUUCUGGAAAGAACAUCUUGCCUUCUGUGAGCACAGAGCACAGUGGAGAUCUGAAACCCUCUCCUGCUGAUCCAGGCUCUGUAAGAGAAGACUCGGGCUUCCUGUGCUGGAAGAAGGGGUGCAACCAGGUUUUCAAAACUUCCGCGGCUCUUCAGACUCACUUCAAUGAGGUUCACACGAAGAGGCCUCAGCUCCCUGUGUCGGAUCGCCACGUGUACAAGUACCGCUGUAAUCAGUGCAGCCUGGCUUUCAAGACUGUUGAAAAGCUGCAGCUCCAUUCUCAGUACCAUGUGAUCAGAGCUGCCACCAUGUGCUGUCUUUGUCAGCGCAGUUUCCGAACUUUCCAGGCUCUGAAGAAACACCUUGAGACGAGCCACCUGGAGUUGAGUGAGGCCGACAUUCAGCAGCUUUAUGGUGGCCUUCUAGCCAAUGGGGACCUCCUGGCAAUGGGAGACCCCACCCUGGCUGAGGACCACACCAUAAUUGUUGAGGAAGACAAGGAGGAAGAGAGUGACUUGGAAGAGAAACAGAGCCCAACGGGCAGUGACUCUGGAUCAGUACAAGAAGAUUCGGGCUCAGAACCGAAGAGAGCUCUGCCUUUCAGAAAGGGCCCCAACUUCACCAUGGAGAAAUUUCUAGACCCUUCUCGCCCUUACAAGUGUACUGUCUGCAAGGAAUCUUUCACUCAAAAGAACAUCCUGUUAGUGCACUAUAACUCUGUCUCCCACCUACAUAAGUUAAAGAGAGCCCUUCAAGAAUCAGCAAGUGGUCAGCCAGAACCUACCAGCAGUCCAGACAACAAACCUUUUAAGUGUAACACUUGUAAUGUGGCCUACAGCCAGAGUUCCACUUUGGAGAUCCACAUGAGGUCUGUGUUGCAUCAAACCAAGGCCCGGGCAGCUAAGCUGGAGGCUGCGAGUGGCAGUAGCAAUGGGACUGGGAAUAGCAGCAGUGUCUCUUUGAGCUCCUCCACCCCAAGUCCUGUGAGUACCAGUGGGAGUAACACCUUUACCACAACCAACCCAAGUAGUGCUGGCAUUGCUCCAAGCUCCAGCUUACUUAGCCAAGUGUCCACUGAAAGUGUAGGGAUGCAGCCCCUGGGGAAUCCCAUCGGUGCCAACAUCACUUCCCCUUCAGAGCCCAAGGAGACCAAUCGGAAGAAACUGGCAGAUAUGAUUGCAUCGAGGCAGCAACAACAGCAACAGCAGCAGCAGCAGCAACAAGCACAGACACUGGCCCAGGCCCAAGCUCAAGUUCAAGCUCACUUGCAACAGGAGCUACAACAGCAGGCUGCCCUGAUCCAGUCUCAGCUGUUUAACCCCACCCUCCUCCCUCACUUCCCCAUGACCACUGAGACCCUGCUACAGCUGCAGCAGCAGCAGCAUCUCCUCUUCCCCUUCUACAUCCCCAGCGCUGAAUUCCAGCUCAACCCUGAGGUGAGCUUGCCGGUGACCAGCGGGGCGCUCACACUGACUGGGACAGGUCCGGGCCUGCUGGAAGAUCUGAAGGCUCAGGUUCAGAUCCCACAGCAGAGCCACCAGCAGAUCCUGCAGCAGCAGCAAAGCCAGCUUUCUCUAUCCCAGAGUCACUCUGCCCUCCUACAGCCAAGCCAGCACCCUGAAAAGAAAAAUAAAUUGGUCAUCAAAGAAAAGGAAAAAGAAAGCCAGAGAGAGAGGGAUGGUGCUGAAGGGGGAGAAGGCAAUGCAGGACCAAAGGAGUCUAUGCCAGAUACCUUGAAGGGCAAAGAGAAGAAAGAGUUGGCACCAGGGGGUAGUUCUGAGCCUUCCAUGCUUCCUCCACGCAUCGCCUCAGAUGCCAGAGGGAACGCCACCAAGGCCUUGCUGGAGAACUUUGGCUUUGAGCUGGUCAUUCAGUACAACGAGAACAAGCAGAAGGUGCAGAAGAAGAAUGGGAAGACAGAGCAGGGAGAAAAUCUGGAAAAGCUCGAGUGUGACUCCUGUGGCAAGUUAUUUUCCAACAUCCUGAUUUUAAAGAGUCAUCAAGAACAUGUUCAUCAAAAUUACUUUCCCUUUAAACAGCUGGAGAGGUUUGCCAAACAGUACAGAGAACACUACGAUAAACUUUACCCGCUGAGGCCCCAAACCCCAGAGCCACCACCACCUCCCCCACCCCCUCCACCACCCCCACUUCCUGCAGCACCACCUCAGCCCGCAUCCACGCCAGCCAUCCCUGCAUCGGCACCACCCAUCACUUCACCUACAAUUGCACCAGCCCAGCCAUCCGUUCCACUCACUCAGCUCUCCAUGCCCAUGGAGCUGCCCAUCUUCUCGCCACUGAUGAUGCAGACGAUGCCGCUGCAGACCUUGCCCGCCCAACUACCCCCUCAGCUCGGACCCGUGGAGCCUCUGCCUGCAGACCUGGCCCAGCUGUACCAGCAUCAGCUCAAUCCAAGCCUGCUCCAGCAGCAGAACAAGAGGCCUCGCACCAGGAUCACUGAUGACCAGCUCCGAGUCCUGCGGCAGUAUUUUGACAUCAACAACUCCCCCAGUGAAGAGCAGAUCAAAGAGAUGGCCGACAAGUCUGGGUUGCCCCAGAAGGUGAUCAAGCACUGGUUCAGGAACACUCUCUUUAAAGAGCGGCAGCGUAAUAAGGACUCUCCUUACAACUUCAGCAAUCCUCCUAUCACCAGCCUGGAGGAGCUCAAGAUUGACUCCCGGCCCCCUUCGCCGGAACCUCAGAAGCAGGAGUAUUGGGGAAGCAAGAGGUCUUCAAGAACACGGUUUACUGACUACCAGCUGAGGGUUCUACAGGACUUCUUUGAUGCCAAUGCUUACCCAAAGGACGAUGAAUUUGAGCAACUCUCUAACUUACUGAACCUUCCAACCCGAGUCAUAGUGGUAUGGUUUCAAAAUGCCCGACAGAAGGCCAGGAAAAACUAUGAGAAUCAGGGAGAGGGCAAAGAUGGAGAGCGGCGUGAGCUUACAAAUGAUAGGUAUAUUCGAACAAGCAACUUGAACUACCAGUGCAAAAAAUGUAGCCUGGUGUUUCAGCGCAUCUUUGAUCUCAUCAAGCACCAGAAGAAGCUGUGUUACAAAGAUGAGGAUGAGGAGGGGCAGGAUGACAGCCAAAACGAGGAUUCCAUGGAUGCCAUGGAAAUCCUGACACCCACCAGCUCCUCCUGCAGUACCCCAAUGCCCUCACAGGCUUACAGCGCCCCGGCACCAUCAGCCAAUACAGCUUCCUCUGCUUUUUUGCAGCUUACAGCAGAGGCUGACGAACUGGCCACCUUCAGCUCCAAAACAGAGGUGAAUGAUGAGAAACCAAAGCAGGCUGAACCUCCCAGUGCACAGCCAAACCAAACCCAAGACAAACAAGGACAACCAAAGGCAGAGCUGCAGCAGCAAGACCAGCCAGAGCAGAAGACAAAUGCAGCCCAGCAAAAGCUCCCGCAGCUGACUUCCCCCCCUUCAUUACCACAGCCUCCUCCACAAGCACCUCCCCCCCAGUGCCCCUUACCCCAGUCGAGCCCCAGUCCUUCGCAGCUCUCUCACCUGCCGCUUAAGCCCCUCCACACAUCAACUCCUCAACAGUUAGCAAACCUACCUCCUCAGCUAAUUCCCUACCAGUGUGACCAGUGUAAGUUAGCGUUUCCAUCAUUUGAGCACUGGCAGGAGCAUCAGCAGCUUCACUUCCUGAGUGCACAGAACCAGUUCAUCCACCCUCAGUUUUUAGACAGGUCACUGGAUAUGCCUUUCAUGCUGUUUGACCCUAGUAACCCUCUCCUGGCGAGCCAGCUGCUCUCUGGGGCCAUACCUCAGAUUCCAGCAAGCUCGGCCACCUCUCCUUCAACUCCGACCUCCACAAUGAACACUCUGAAGAGGAAGCUGGAGGAAAAGGCCAGUGCAAGCCCUGGUGAAAAUGACAGCGGGACAGGAGGAGAAGAACCUCAAAGAGACAAGCGUUUAAGGACAACUAUUACACCAGAACAGCUAGAAAUUCUCUACCAAAAGUAUCUCUUGGACUCCAAUCCAACUCGAAAGAUGUUGGACCACAUUGCGCAUGAGGUAGGCUUGAAGAAACGUGUGGUACAAGUCUGGUUUCAGAACACACGCGCCCGGGAAAGGAAAGGACAGUUCCGGGCUGUGGGUCCAGCCCAGGCUCAUAGGAGAUGCCCUUUUUGCAGAGCCCUCUUCAAAGCCAAGACUGCCCUCGAGGCUCAUAUCCGGUCCCGUCAUUGGCAUGAGGCCAAGAGAGCUGGCUACAACCUAACUCUAUCUGCAAUGCUCUUAGACUGUGAUGGGGGACUCCAGAUGAAAGGAGACAUUUUUGAUGGAACGAGCUUUUCCCACCUCCCCCCAAGCAGUAGUGAUGGCCAAGGUGUUCCCCUCUCACCUGUGAGUAAAACCAUGGAGUUGUCUCCCAGAACUCUUCUUAGCCCUUCUUCCAUUAAGGUAGAAGGGAUUGAAGAUUUUGAAAGCCCCUCUAUGUCCGCAGUUAAUCUAAACUUUGACCAAACUAAGCUGGACAACGACGACUGUUCCUCUGUCAACACGGCAAUCACAGAUACCACUACUGGAGACGAGGGCAACGCAGAUAAUGACAGUGCAACAGGAAUAGCAACUGAAACCAAAUCCUCUUCUGCGCCCAAUGACGGGUUGACCAAAGCAGCCAUGAUGGCAAUGUCCGAGUAUGAAGAUCGGUUGUCGUCAGGUCUGGUCAGCCCAGCCCCGAGCUUUUACAGCAAGGAAUAUGACAAUGAAGGUACUGUGGACUACAGUGAAACCUCAAGCCUUGCAGACCCCUGCUCCCCAAGUCCUGGUGCAAGUGGGUCAGCAGGCAAAUCUGGAGACAGCGGGGAUCGGCCCGGGCAGAAACGUUUUCGCACUCAAAUGACCAAUCUGCAGCUGAAGGUCCUCAAGUCAUGCUUUAAUGACUACAGGACACCCACCAUGCUGGAGUGUGAGGUCCUAGGCAAUGACAUUGGACUGCCAAAGAGAGUUGUUCAGGUCUGGUUCCAGAAUGCCCGGGCAAAAGAAAAGAAGUCUAAGUUAAGCAUGGCCAAGCAUUUUGGUAUAAACCAAACAAGUUACGAGGGACCCAAAACAGAGUGCACUUUGUGUGGCAUCAAGUACAGCGCUCGGCUGUCUGUACGUGACCAUAUCUUUUCCCAACAGCAUAUCUCCAAAGUUAAAGACACCAUUGGAAGCCAGUUGGACAAGGAGAAAGAAUACUUUGACCCAGCCACUGUACGUCAGUUGAUGGCUCAACAAGAGUUGGACCGGAUUAAAAAGGCCAAUGAGGUCCUUGGACUGGCAGCUCAGCAGCAAGGGAUGUUUGACAACGCCCCUCUUCAAGCUCUUAACCUUCCUACAGCAUAUCCGGCACUCCAGGGCAUUCCUCCAGUGUUGCUCCCUGGCCUCAACAGCCCCUCCUUGCCGGGCUUUACUCCAUCCAACACAGCUUUAACGUCUCCAAAACCGAACUUGAUGGGUCUGCCCAGCACAACAGUUCCUUCCCCUGGCCUCCCCACAUCUGGAUUACCAAAUAAACCGUCCUCAGCGUCGCUGAGCUCCCCGACCCCAGCACAAGCCACCAUGGCGAUGGCCCCUCAGCAACCCCCACAAACCCAGCAGCAGCAGCCACAGGUGCAGCCGCCGCCAGCAGCCCAGCCGCCACCUGCGCCACAGCUCCCGCCACAACAGCAGCAGCAGCAACGCAAGGACAAAGACAGCGAGAAGGUAAAGGAGAAGGAAAAGGCACACAAAGGGAAAGGGGAAGCCCUACCUGUCCCCAAGAAGGAGAAAGGAGAGGCCCCCACAGCGACCGCAGCCACACUCUCUGCCCCGCUGCCCACCAUGGAGUAUGCAGUGGACCCUGCACAACUGCAGGCCCUGCAGGCAGCCUUGACUUCGGACCCCACAUCGUUGCUCACGAGCCAAUUCCUUCCUUACUUUGUACCAGGCUUCUCUCCUUAUUAUGCCCCCCAGAUCCCUGGCGCCCUGCAGAGUGGGUACAUACAGCCUAUGUAUGGCAUGGAAGGCCUGUUCCCCUACAGCCCUGCGCUGUCACAGGCCUUGAUGGGGCUGUCCCCGGGCUCCCUACUGCAGCAGUACCAGCAAUACCAGCAGAGUCUGCAGGAGGCGAUCCAGCAGCAGCAGCAGCAGCGGCAAAUACAACAGCAACAGCAGCAGCAGCAGCAAAAAGUGCAGCAGCAGCAGCAGCCCAAAGCAAGCCAAACCCCAGUCCCCCCUGGGGCUGCUUCCCCAGACAAAGACCCUGCCAAAGAAUCCCCCAAACCAGAAGAGCAGAAAAAUGCACCCCGUGAGGUGUCCCCCCUCCUGCCGAAACCCCCCGAAGAGCCAGAAGCAGAAAGCAAAAGUGUGGACUCCCUCUACGACCCCUUCAUUGUUCCAAAGGUGCAGUACAAGUUGGUCUGCCGCAAGUGCCAGGCGGGCUUCGGUGACGAGGAGGCGGCGAGGAGCCACCUGAAGUCCCUCUGCUUCUUCGGCCAGUCUGUGGUGAACCUGCAAGAGAUGGUGCUUCACGUCCCCACGGGCGGCGGCAGUGGCGGCGGCAGCGGCGGUGGCGGCAGUGGCGGCGGCUCGUACCACUGCCUGGCGUGCGAGAGCGCGCUCUGUGGGGAGGAAGCUCUGAGUCAACAUCUCGAGUCGGCCUUGCACAAACACAGAACAAUCACGAGAGCAGCAAGAAACGCCAAAGAGCACCCUAGUUUAUUACCUCACUCUGCCUGCUUCCCCGAUCCUAGCACCGCAUCUACCUCGCAGUCUGCCGCUCACUCAAACGACAGCCCCCCUCCCCCGUCGGCCGCCGCCCCCUCCUCGUCCUCGUCCUCCGCUUCCCCCCACGCCUCCAGGAAGUCUUGGCCGCAAGUGGUCUCCCGGGCUUCGGCCGCGAAGCCCCCUUCUUUUCCUCCUCUCUCCUCAUCUUCAACGGUUACCUCAAGUUCAUGCAGCACCUCAGGGGUUCAGCCCUCGAUGCCAACAGACGACUAUUCGGAGGAGUCUGACACGGAUCUCAGCCAAAAGUCCGACGGACCGGCGAGCCCGGUGGAGGGUCCCAAAGACCCCAGCUGCCCCAAGGACAGUGGUCUGACCAGUGUAGGAACGGACACCUUCAGAUUGUAAGCUUUGAAGAUGAACAAUACAAAUGAAUUUAAAUAAAAAAUUAAUAACAAACCAAUUUCAAAAACAGACUAACUGCAAUUCCAAAGCUUCUAACCAAAAAAAGGAAAAAAAAAAGAAAAAAAAGGAAAAAAAAAGAAAAAGCGUGGGUUGUUUUCCCAUAUACCUAUCUAUGCCGGUGAUUUUACAUUCUUGUCUUUUUUCUUUUAAUAUAUUAAAAAAAAAACCCACCCCAAACCCUGUUACAUUGUGUCCUUUUGAAGGUACUAUUGGUCUGGGAAACAGAAGUCCACAGGGCCUCCCUAACGUCUUCGGAGCUUAAACCCCUUGUAUAUUUGCCCCUUUUCAAUAAACGCCCCACGUUGAUAGCACAGAGGAGCCCGGCAUGCACUGUAUGGGAAAGCAGUCCACCUUGUUCCAGUUUUAAAUUUCUUGCUAUCUUAGCAUUCAGAUACCAAUGGCUUGCUAAAAGAAAAAAAGAAAUGUAAUGUCUUUUUAUUCUCAGGUCAAUCGCUCACACUUUGUUCUGUUUUCAGAAUCAUUGUUUUAAAUAUUUUUUCGUUGUUUUCUUUGUUUUUGUUCCAGAAAAAAUUUUUGUUUCUUAAUUUAAAAACGGGCAGAAAGUAUUCGAGAAAAACAAUGUGAACUGCUUUAGCUUUCUGGGGAUUUUAAGGAUAGCUUUUCUGCUGAAGCCAAUUUCAAGGUGAAAAGUUAAGCACUCCCACUUUCAGAAAAAAAAAAACCCACACACAAAGAGUGUUGAGGACUUGUAGCUUAAAAAAAUAAGUUUUAAAAACUGACUUUCUGUAUUUAUGAUAGAUAUGACCAUUUUUGGUGUUGAGUAGAUUGUUGCAUUGGAAAUGAACUGAAGCAGUAUGGUAGAUUUAAAAGGAAAAAAAAACCUUUUGUGUACAUUUAGCUUUUUGUAUGGUCCAGCUGACAGCUCCUCAUUUGAUGUUGUCUUGUUCAUUCCUAGCAGAUAGAUUGCAAUCCGUUGAUUCGCCUAAACUUUUCUCCCCUUUGUCCCUUAAUUCCACUUUCUCUUUCCUCCUCCCACCUCCCAUCCUAUAAUCUCCCACUUAAGGUAGCUGCCUUCAUUUCUUAGGGGGUAGCUGCAGAAUUAUUUUAUAAAACUAAAGAAAGAAUUUCAAAGGGUUCUAGGGGUCAUUAGGAUCCUCACAGAUUAUUUUUGGUUGGGGAGUUGAAACUUUUUAAAGACAUAUAAUUCUAGUUACCUGUGUCUGUUAGCCUUGUGUGUUUAUUUUUAAUUUAUCCUUCCUUUGGCUUUUCUUUUCACCCCUUUUUAACCUCCUUGUUUGGUAGAUGCUUCAAAUAUUCUUUUCCUAAGCUAAAACAUUUGUUUCGAUUUGUGUAAUUGGACUGUGUGCUUUUCUUUUCUAAAAAAGUUUUUGGUUAGGGGUUUGGUUUUUGUUUUGUUUUCUUUCCUCUCAGAAAAAGAAAUUUCAUGCUUUAAAUAAAAUCCAAAGACACACCCUUUCACUGCUGAUGCAGAAAAAAAGGGAAAGGGUUCUUGUUACUUGAGAAUUUGUUUCUGAUUUAAACAAACAAGACUUAGUUUAAUAAAAGAAAGAGUAAAACAAAAGAUUCCCAGGUUGUUAUGUGCUUCUUCUGUAAGCAGAGAGGCAGUUGUUGAUGACAAUUCCAUAUACCAAAAGACACAUUUUUUACUUCAAAGUUUUGUCCUUGUGUUAGGCAGUCUGAGUGGCGAGUGAUCCAGAGCGCAGCCAACAAAGAAGCAGAUAGCAAUGUACCGAGAGCGAAAAAAGAAAGAGGCACUUGUGUUUAUGUUAAUAUCCGUAUUCCUGUAACACACAACACAACGGCACCAUACACCCUUUCUCAUCUAAAAAAAAAAAAUGGUCUGAACUUUGAAAAGAAAACUUUGUGCUGCUAUAAUGUAGAUUUUGGAGACAAAUAGAUGCUUUGCUGUUUCACUUUCAUAGCCAAACAUCAACAGAAACAAUCUCCCCAUGCCCGGAAUGUGUGAAAUCCUUCUCCCCUUCAUUCUCUUCCUUAGGUUUCAAAAGGGAACUUUGAAGACUGUGAAUGCAGGUUCCAUUGGUCACCUUUCGGGCUUCUUUCCCCACUGCUGAAGCCACUCAUCAACUUUGCAAAAGACUGGAGCAUUCCAAGAUCUGAAAAUGGAUUUCUUUUUUUUCUCUCUCUCUUUUCUUUUUUAGCCGGGACUAUUUUAUUUUUAUGAAUUUGUUUUUAGUUUAAUGAAAGAGUAGGUCCUGAACUGUUGUAUAUAUUUCUAACUAGGCUGAUGCACAGUGCAAAUUCCUUUUUUAAUUUUUUAAGUAGAAAUACUAAAGAAUACCAUCUAUCUAUUCAUACCAGUAUCCAGUUGUAGCAUAAGGUGUCAAAAACAAGUACACAAAACAUUUGCUGUUUUAACAAACUUUUCUUUUAACAAGAAGUCUUGUAUUUCUCCCUGUGUUUGAGAUGAACAUUUUUAAAUUUUAAAGUUGUACAGUUUUUUUUGUUUUCCAUUAUUUUAUCUUGUUUGUAACUCUAUGAAAUAUAUAUAUAUUUUUUGCCAUUUAACUGUUGUAUGUUACUCUGUGUCUGUAUCAUAUAGAAGAAAAUUGUUUGUUUUUGGUUCUUUAUGUGAUACCAAUUAACAAUUUAACACUAGCUUUACCUGUCAAAUUCUGGUAGGUCUUUUCUGUAAACAUUUUUUAAAGAAAGAUAUUGCUUGGUAAUAGUGCAAUUUCUAUCCCUUUCCUGCCCCCCUCAACUUUAAGUUCAUUUCCUUGUAACGUUGCCACCCCUCCCCAAUGGUUUUUUUCCUUUUUUCACUCUCUGUUUUGAGCUACUAUGCCAUCCUCCCUCUGUGAGACAGAGUGACUGUCAGUGUUUUGUUAUGCCAUGCCUUGACCUGUGGGUGUAUUUGGCAGCAGCAAGGUGGUUGGUUGGGUAGAUAGGCUAAGCAUGCUUCCACCACCAAGUGUUCCUCAGAGGGGGUUGUGUGGUUGUUUCAACCUGGAGUUGGUUGCACACUUAAUGCUUUCCUCUACAACUCUACUGCCCACAUAUAUGUUCAUUCAAAAAAGAAAAAAUAAUUCUCAGCAUUAACCCAGAAGUAGCAAAGCAGUCAGCAAUGGUGAAAAUUAGAAGUCAAACAGGAGCUUAAGAUGUUUGUGGGCUAAUAUCCACCCUGGCUGUGACCGGUAUCAUUUACAAAGCAUGAGUUAGUUCACUACAAUGCUCAACUGUUUAGACCGGUCUCCUUCAGAGAGUUUACUCCUGUCUGCUGCAUGGUAGGUAGCUGAAUAGGCUAUCUCAGCUCACUUUUUAAAUUAAUUCUUCACGUCCAUUCACACUUCAUGUUUUGGUUGGUGGGUUUUUUUGUUUUUUUCAAGUACUCCACAGUGUGGGUUGGUGAUAGACAUCAGUCAGUCUCAUUGCACCAUUGACCCACAGGAUGGGAGUUGUUUCAUCCAUUGUUCCUCCAUCCUUCCAAAAAGAAACUUAAGAAGAAAACACACACACACAAACGGAAAAGUUUAGGAAGGUUUUUUUUAAAAUUAAAUGCUAUUUAAAGAGAUGAAUGUGGCCAAAGUUUUACAGGAUUGAAAGCAAAAGUAAAACAGACGGCAUGCGUUUAACCCUGAGUUUAUCAGGCAUGGCAGGAAGUUGCAGGAGAGAGAGGCAGUGACCCAAGCCAGUGCACUUGAUGUUCAUGGACAUAUAUUUUUUUUAAAUAAUAAAUUAAAUUAAAACAUUUUAAAUAGAAGCAUAAAUUGAACUGGUUGGUUGUUGGCGCUGAGAUACUGCCCACUGUGAAACAAAGCUUUGACUAGAUUUUUUGUUUGUUUACUUUCUUUGGGGGGGAGGGGGGCAAGUUUGGGUAGGAAAGAAAGCAUAAAUGAACGUGACCCUGAGGUGAAGAGGUAUAUGAACAGCCUUUGCAAUGUACAAAAAAACAAACAAAAAAAAAAACAAAAAAAAUAGAGCAAGUGAAACCAAAAAUGAUGUUCUUGGUGUUUUUCUAUAAUGUAGUCUUGUUAGCUUUUUUGUUACUGUAAACAAUGCUGAUCUCGAACUGUACCAAAAUACAUGGAGACUAACAAACAGAACCACAUGGAACUUUCAAACUGAAAAAAAAUUUGUCACAAAAACUUUGUUGUCAUAGUUAAGUUGAUUGUAGAUGGUAAUUGAAUAUACUCCUUUGAAAAUAUUUCAUCAAGUAUGUUUCCUGCUCAUUGUGAUACAUUAAAAAAAUAUGAGCAAAA